UAUUUAAGGACCCACCCCAUUUUAUUUACCCCGAUCUCACCCUCUGUCCCCCCGCCUACUGCUUCAUACUCCGUUUUUAACCCUAUGCGCUAUGUACAGCUAUGAUCACAGCCCAUUGUAAGGGAAGCAUACUGAAAUAUACCUCGAGUAAAGGAUCUUAAAAAAUGCAUCUGUUUUAUUUAUCAUUUUGAGUUGACGUUUAUACCGGAGAGAAUAGUGAAGAUGGGGUGCUGCUCGGGGAGGUGCAUGUUGAUGUUCUUCUGCGCUCUUCAACUGAUCACUGCUGUGGAGAGACAGGUGUUUGAUUUUCUAGGUUACCAGUGGGCGCCCAUCCUUGUCAACUUCCUGCACGUCAUUGUGGUGAUAUUGGGCUUGUUUGGGACAGUUCAGUAUAAGCCCCGUUAUGUAGUUUUGUAUAUAGUCUGGACUGUGUUUUGGGUGACUUGGAAUAUCUUUAUCUGUUGCCUUUAUCUAGACCUCGGAGGGCUUUCAAAGGACAGUGAUUAUCUGUCACUGGGACUUUCAUCUCACCGUUCAUGGUGGAAGAACAAUGGCCCGGGCUGUGAGAACAGAAACCUCCAGACCACUAGAUGGCAGCAUUUGGACAGUCCUGCUCUGGUCUCUGAACUGAGCUGCUUGUUAGAGUAUCAGUACAUCGAGGUUAUGCACAGCGCCCUGCAACUGUUCAUUUCUGCCCUGGGAUUUGUAUUUGCCUGCUACAUCGUCAGCAUCUUCAAUGAAGAGGAAGACACAUGUUUAUUUGUAUAAGUGACAGUGUCCAGAUGUCAACAUCCCGAGAGAGACGGAACAUUGUAAGGGGAAAGAGAUAGCAGAAAAGGACUUCAAGCAUUCUCGGAAUUAGUGAAAACAGAAACCAGAUCAGAUGGAUUUUAAAUUAUUUAUAUAUGUAUAAACAUAAUGUAACGAAGUUCGUCAAUACGGGAAGAAGGAGGCGGGAACCGGCGAACAUUCAACAAAACUUUAAUUAGAAAUAAACAAAGAACAAAACGAAAGUAAUGCCGGCAGACCCUCGCGGACGUCUGCCGGCCACACAAACAUAA